AUAGCACAAAUAACCUCCCAUAUUCGCUUGGUAAAGUGACACUGAAAAAACAGAUGAGUACUUGUUUCCACUCCUUUUUUACAGAACAGGUCGUGUCAUCAAUACUAGGAGUCCAUUUCUUCUUUGGCAGCAUUUAUUUGUCCAAAAAUAUUUAUAUGGUUUUCACAAGGAUAAAGUUUAUUGGUUCAUAGGUUAAUGGAAAAAAGAAAGAGAAUCUUGAUGGUUGGUUUUUUGAUAACUCAAAACCACUCAACAUUUAUUCAAAUCAUUCUGCAGUUGUGAAGGUAAGGUGGACGUGGCUUUUGGUUGUUUGAAGUUCCAGUUUGCUCUUUCUGAAAUGUGUGGGUCUGUAUCCUCAUGUGGCUGCCACCAAGAGCAGGGCAUUGCUGGAGCAGCUCUUGGAAGAGUUAAACUAACUAAUAGUUCUGAAUCAAAGAGUUAUCCAGUCUGGUAUGCUGGAAUGCUUUAUGGUCUUACCUAUGCUCUUUAUUUCUCUCAUGUGUUGCCUUUUUUUUUCGGUUUACCCCUCUUGGUAUGUAUUGGAAUAGGCUAUUUCUCAUUCACUCUGGCACAAUUCUUUCUAUCACAUUCAUCUAUUAUCAUAGAGAUAGCAAAAGAGUUAACAGAGAGUUGUCAUUCUUUGUCCACGGUUCUCUUUUGUUUUUUAGAACAGGAAAUUUAGAGACAUACAUGAAUUUGAUUGUUUCCUCUUUUUGUCAUGUCAUGUGAGAAACUUAUUUUUGACUUGAAGCCUAUUCUGUGAACUUCUUUUUCUCACAUUCUGCCUCUUUUUUUUUCUUUUUCUUUUUCCUUUUCUUUUUUUGGGUAUUGUGGCAAUCAUUUGCAAUCCACUGCAGCCUUUGCAUUCGGGGGCAUUUAAGUUGAUAAUCUUGCUGUUUUCUCCUUCUUUAUUUCAUCAUUUGCUUCCUUAGAUUAUUUGGAAUCUUAUCAUACACCGAGCUCCAUAUUUUUUAUCUUCUUGCAUUCUGUUUCCUUGAUUCUUUACGUGGGUGGGUUGGGACAUUUAAUUCAUGGAUGAGCCAGACCACCAUCAGGUUAGGUAAGGGAAAUUGUUAUAAAAGUUUGCAUUUUGAGAGUUUUAUGUUUAAUUCUUGGGACUUUUUCAUGCAUUCCCCUGCUUCCUGUACCUGGUCAGUGAAGCACAACCUGCAAUCUUUGACCCUUGCCUUUAUCCAGUGGAAUGAUCUCAAUUGAAUAAGCUCGAAUAUCUUUC